AUGCAAGGAACAUACUAAGCACCUCCUCCUCCAUAUACUACUCAGCCAUACACUCAGUAAUAUACUUAGUAAUAUCCCUAGUAAUAUCCCUAGGCAAUGCAGUAAACAGUAAUUCAUCAAGUUGUUUACAACCCUUAGUAACCUCCUCCUCCUAAUAUGCAAUACGUUUAUGCUUAGCCCUCUCUUGUUUCAGUCCCUUCUAACUAACCUAUGUUGAUGAAUCAAAUUUCCUUACCUACUGACCCAAACAACAUAUAAUUAAUCCAUAUGUAAAGUAAUUUGAUAGACUUAAAUGAACAGAAGAGAAAACAAUAAGAAGAAAAGGAAGAAAAAGAAGAUAUAGAACUUCUAAUUAAAUGUUAACUUCUUCAUUCAAGUUUUUAAACUUCUAAAACCUACUUAUUUUUCAUGGGUUUGAAGGUUUUUAUGCAAUUUAUGUUUCUCUUAUACAUAAUAGUAAGUCUGAUAUUUUACCUUUUAAGACCUAAAUAUGAGCUUCAAAAAAUAGGCAACAAAAAUUACUUUAGAGCAACCUCUUCUCCAGUUUCUAAGUCUAAUUUUGAAUGCACGCCAGCUCAGGAUCCUGAUGUUUUAAAAGUUAUUAACUACGCAGAUACCUGGGUCGUUAUUUGUGCAGCAUUAAUAAUAGCAUAUAAAAUAUUUUACAUCUACAUGUCUACUAAAUACUUUAAGUCAAUUUUUAAGUAAAAGUAUAUUAUUAAUACACAAAAAUUUGAUGUGUCUUAUGUGGAUUACAUUAAUCUAUUUUUUGAUUAUACUUUUGUCAUUUCUCUUUCUCCUCUGACGGCUGUUGUAUAUGAAGAUUGUGCAAAUUUGAGAUAUGGGAUCUAUAUAUUCGGUGCUGCUCCAAUUUAUGCAGCAGGAGUUGUCUUUUCUCUCUUUAACUUUAUAUGCCUAACUAUUAUGAUCGAAGCAUGCAAAGCUAAAUCCUUUGAUAAGUUAAUGGCAUAUCCAUUUCUUAUACUCGUAACUCUCCCUGCUAUUGUAAUAAUAAUAUUUCUAGCUUGCGGUGUGGAAAUCUUAAAAUAAAAGGUCACUUAUUACAAAGAAACAACAACCUACAGUGAUGGAUCCUAAACAGUAGAACAUAAAGAUGAUGAUGCAAGAUGGAUAAUCAUAUUCCCUAUUCUAUGCAUAGUAGCUGUUUUAGUAUUCUUCUGUGUAAUGAUUAUUAUUUCUUUUGCUCUAUUACUCGUCUACUGCCACCCAGCUAUGAUAAUUUACUAUGUCCUUACUAUCUUAUUGUCAAUCGGUUUCUUAAUAGUAAACAGGAGGGGUACUGACUACAGAUUACAGCUUUUUUGCUUGCUUAUAAUUGAUUACUUUAGAUAGACUAAACCUAAAUUACUCCAAAUGGCCUACAAUUAUGAAUUUAAUGAGUAAAACGUUAAAAAUCAUGGCAUUUUCUAGUAGUUACAAUAGUAAUCAAGAAUAUUUUUUAAUUCACCUAGUUUAGUCUUCUAUAAAUACAAUAUAAGAUAAACGUGCAAGCUUUACAACUAAUACAAAGAAAUCUAUGCAGAUCUAUUAGAGGAAUUCAGCAAAGACCCUAUUGAUAAAAAAGAGGAACCUAAAUUAGAACAUGCAAAAGGUGAAUAAGAUUAAAUUAAAGGAACUAUAAAUGGAAAUGAAGGAGUUUAAACAAAUCAUCUUGAUCUCGAAAAGGGUCAAACUGGAAACAUCUAGCUUGAAACUAACCAACCUUUUAAUAAUGAAAAUUAAAUAUAAGAAAAUGGUCAAACUGUAAAUGUAUAAGUAGAAGAUCUCCAACCUGUUGUUGGCGCAAAUUAAAUUGAAGAUGCUGAAAAUAACGAAAAGCAAUCAGAAAAUCUAAAUUUAAGCCAAUUAUCUGUAAAUAAAAAUAAGCAUGAGCAUGAACCCAACAACCGUAGAGCUAGAAGUGCAUUUGAUGAUUGA